GCCCUAGCUCCAAAAUAAACCAAAUUCACCCAAGUUAGGGAUUUUCAGAGGUGGGAAACCCAAAUUGGGGUUAAAAAAUUUCAACUUUUUGGGGUUUGAGUGUGUGCAGCUGAUUCAUCAGUGGAUUCAUGCCCUUGUGUUCAUCCAAAUCCUACAGCCAAUUCAACUGGGUUUUAGUAGAGAAAUGGAUUCGAAAUCCAAGAGAAGAAUUUCUGUGGAAAAUGGGGAUGCCGGGGAGGACUUGGUUCUCGCUACGUUGAUUGGGAAUGGAGAUGACCUGGGUCCUAUUGUCAGGCAUGCAUUUGAGAUGGGGAGGCCGGAAUCACUCCUUCAGCAGCUCAAGCAUGUGGUGAGAAAGAAGGAAGCUGAGAUUGAGGACCUCUGUAAGACUCAUUACGAGGAGUUCAUUCUUGCAGUUGACGAGCUCCGUGGGGUGUUGGUGGAUGCUGAAGAGCUGAAAGGGGAGCUAUCUAGUGAUAAUUUCAAGUUGCAAGAGGUUGGGAGUACUUUGUUGGUUAAACUUGAGGAGCUUCUCGAGUCUUAUUCAAUUAAAAAGAAUUUGGCCGCAGCUAUCAAAAUGUCCAAGAAUUGUGUACAGGUGCUGGAGCUCUGCGUCAAGUUUAACAAGCACAUGUCCGAAGGCCAGUUUUACCCAGCAUUGAAAACCUUAGAUAUGAUUGAGAAAAGUUACUUAAAGAAUGUUCCUGUCAGGACACUAAGAAUGGUCAUAGAGAAGAGGAUUCCAUUGAUUAAGUUGCACAUUGAGAAAAAAGUAACUAGUCAAUUCAAUGAAUGGCUGGUUCAGAUAAGAAGUUCCGCAAAGGAUAUUGGACAAACAGCAAUAGGCCAUGCUGCUUCUGCGCGCCAGAGAGAUGAGGAAAUGCUGGAUCGGCAAAGGAAAGCAGAGGAACAGAAUCUUCCGGGGUUGGGAGACUUUGCUUAUACUUUAGAUGUUGAAGAGAUUGAAGAAGAGUCUGUGUUAAAGGUGGACCUAACUCCUCUAUAUAGGGCUUAUCACAUCCAAAGUUGCCUAGGAAUCCAAGAGCAGUUUUGGGAGUAUUACUAUAGAAAUCGAUUGUUGCAGCUUAAUUCAGACUUGCAAAUCUCUUCAACACAGCCCUUUGUUGAAUCCUAUCAAACUUUCUUGGCUCAAAUUGCAGGAUACUUCAUAGUGGAGGAUCGGGUCCUGAGGACUGCUGGAGGCCUACUAUUAGCUGAACAAGUUGAAACAAUGUGGGAUACAGCUGUAGCAAAAUUGAAAUCUCUGUUAGAGGUUCAAUUCUCCCAGAUGAAUUCUGCAACCCAUCUUCUCUUGGUGAAGGAUUAUGUGACUCUGCUCGGCUGUACUCUUAGACAAUAUGGGUAUGAAGUGGGACCACUUCUUGAGACACUUAACAAGAGCCGAGACAAAUAUCACGAGCUUCUUUCAGAAGAGUGUCGUCAGCAAAUUGCCAAUGUUAUUGCCAAUGAUACCUAUGAGCAGAUGGUUUUGAAAAAGGAAAGUGACUAUGAAAAUAAUGUCUUGUCCUUCAAUCUCCAGACAACAGAUAUUACACCGGCUUUUCCAUUCAUUGCACCAUUCUCCUCCACAGUACCUGAUGCUUGCCGAAUUGUCAGAUCAUUCAUCAAAGGGUCUGUUGAUUACUUGAGUUAUGGGACACAUAGUACUGUCUACGAUGUUGUGAAGAAAUAUAUGGAUAAAUUCUUGAUAGAUGUGUUAAAUGAGUUGAUACUUAAUACUAUUCAAGGUGGCAGCAUUGGUGUCUCUCAGGCCAUGCAGAUUGCUGCAAACAUAUCUGUACUUGAAAGAGCUUGUGACUUUUUCCUUCGACAUGCAGCCCAACUAUGUGGGAUUCCAACUCGUUCAGUUGAGAGGCCUCAAGCUGGUUUAACUGCUAAGGUAGUUCUAAAGACUGCAAGGGAUGAAGCUUAUCAUGCUUUGCUGAAUUUGGUGAAUGCCAAGUUGGAUGAGUUCAUGCAACUGACACAAAAUAUUAAUUGGACUUCAGAGGAACCAACACAGGGUGAAAAUGAGUACAUAAAUGAAGUUGUUAUAUACCUCGAUACUCUUCUGUCCACUGCCCAACAAAUCUUACCUUUGGAUGCUCUGUACAAGGUUGGGAGUGGAGCUCUUGAUCACAUUUCCAACUCUAUAGUAUCAGCUUUUCUUAGUGAUAGCAUAAAGAGGUUCAAUGCAAAUGCAGUUAUGGGUAUCAACAAUGACUUGAAGAUAUUGGAGUCUUUUGCAGAUGACAGGUUUCACAGUACUGGCUUGAGCGAAAUUUACAAAGAUGGAAGUUUUAGAGGUUUCUUGAUAGAGGCAAGACAACUGAUAAACCUUUUGUCAAGCAGUCAGCCAGAGAAUUUCAUGAAUCCUGUGAUAAGGGAGAAAAAUUACAAUACUUUGGAUUAUAAAAAGGUGGCUAGUAUCUGUGAGAAAUUCAAGGAUUCUGCUGACGGGAUAUUUGGAAGCCUUUCUAACAGGAAUACCAAGCAAAGUGCUCGUAAGAAAUCAAUGGACAUGCUUAAGAAAAGAUUGAAGGACUUCAACUGAGACAUGAAAAAUCUGUCUGCAUUAGAAUUAGGAGCUGUUUUCCCCCUUGAUUAUUAAUAUAUUUUUUCCCAGUGUUCUCUUGUUUCUGUUCAGAAUGCAUGGGAGUGAUUUGUUGUUCCUUAUAAUUUGUACUCGUAUUAUAAAUUUUCUGCGCAGACCUUCUCCUGGU